AACAAAAAAACAUCAAACAUUAACUUCUAACUUUGUAUUUUUUAAUUAGCAAAAUUUUUGUUCAUCGAUUUCAGAUAUAAUGUUUAGGUCAAAAUAUGUUGGUUCAUAUGGACCUCUUUCUCGCCAAUGGGAACCUCCACCACGACCUCCGCCACGACCUCCACCGUUGCCACCGCGUAUACCACAAGAAUAUGAUCCGUAUAUUGGUCCAGGAAAAUGGAAUAGAGGUCGUAUUAAAUCGUUUAGUGUGACCGAACACUUUGGCAGUAUUGUAGCAGAUUUUCGCAAUUUGGAAGUUUUUUUCCACCAAUCUAACGUAUACGGAAUUUCUGUGGAGCAUUUAUAUCCAGACUUACCAGUUUGGUUUCAAAUACGUCCAGGUGUAAGAGGAUUAGAAGGAUAUAAUAUUCAACCGGCAAUUGAAAUGAGAGAAUUUCCUUCAACAUCACGAAUUCCAUGGUCAGAACCAGCAGUUCGUCAACCCUUAUUUCCUCUUGGUUCAGAGCCACUUAGAAUGAGAAGGUUACCUGAAAGACGUAGAACAAGACGAUUUCGCUGUUAUAAUUGUGGACAAUACGCUUCACAUAAAGCUGCCACAUGUCCGUUCGAACCUAUGAGACGACGUUGUUAUCGAUGUCGUGAUCCAAAUCAUUUAAUAGCUCAAUGUCCAUUAUUACAUUCGCUUACACCGCAUUGUUAUUUGGUACCUGGACCGUCAACUUCGCAAGUACCCCCACGAUUUUCAGAAGCACGUUUACGCGUACCACAACUGUCCUUAACGACAGCACAACAACGGUUACCCCAACAAACCCAACAGCCAUUUAUGCAAUAUUUUUUCCCACCAGGGUUUGGUGAUGAUGAUGACGAUGAACAUGAUGACUUUAGGGAGUAACUGAUAGUCAUUUCAUUAUUCGAAAUACAUUUCUGUGAUAUACAAGCAGGGAAAAAACAGUCAGUAUCAAGCAAUAAAAUUAGAAUGAAAAGUGACUACUAAAGUUAUUUGAAUUAUUUGAUAUUCAUCUAAAACGUAGUACUAUUGACUAGGUGUAUUAUCAAUCUUUCCUUGCUAUCCAGUCGUUUUAUAGGGAUCAUUUUUAAUUUCUAGUCAAUGCAUUUGUUUCAAUGAUAUUAUUAUUAUUAUUAUUAUUAUUAUUAUUAUUAUUAAUGCCAAUAUUGUUAUUAUUAUCGCUAGUCUUAAACAUUCAAUACGAUGACGUUUAUCAAACAUCACUUACUGCCUUUAUCUCUUGGUUUCAUAAAGUGGAUUAAGUUUCCUUCAGUCUAUCCAUCUCUGUCAUACAUACGUACAUACAUACACACACACAUACAUACAUACAUGCAUACAUACAUACAUGUACACACACAUACAUACAUAGAAACAUGCACAUAGACUAGAAAUUCUUUUCAUUUUUUUAGGAAACAUCUUAAAACAACAUAAAAAUAGGCGUAUUCAAUUAAUUAGGCAGUUUGAUAUUUCAUUCAUCUUUCUAUAGAUUCAUUUUUGUUCCUUUGCUGGAAUAUUCAAGUAAUCAAUGGUUUUAGUUUUAUAUUCAUGGAGAAUUAUUAUUAUUAUUUUACUAAUGUUUCGUAUAUUCACCAUAUGAAAAGGAAAGAAUUAAAUCGUUUCUUUUUUUGUGAUACAUAAAUAUUACAAAUGCAAAAUGAUUAAAAUAACCAGUAAAUGAAAGUAAACUAUAAGUAAUGGACGGAAGACACUAUUUUUUGUUUGUUUUUGGGACAGAAAAUGAUCUUUAUUGAAAGUUUUCUCAUGUAUACACUUAUUCUAUGAAUUGCUUUUUAUACUACUAACAUACUUUUCAUACUACUUAAAUUGAUCGACAAAUCUUUGUACGUUAUGACUUUAUUUUGUAACUGUCUACCUACUUUCACUAUUAUUAGUACUAUUAAUAAUUAUUACUUUAUUACUGUAACCAGUAUUAUUGCAAAUAUUGUUGAGAUCUUGUUGUUAUUGUUUUGCUUUUUGUUCUCUUUAAUUACUUAGAACAUGUUAAUAAAUCUGUAAAAGAAAAUAAGGAACAAUAGGAUAUUUCUUUUCUAUUAAUAAUUUCUAUUGUUGGUUGACUUGGGAUUUUAUCACCGUUUCUUUUUAUCAGAGAGAAAUAUUUCAUUUAUUUUCUAUGAUAAAAAAAUAUGGAAUCUAGGAAUACGUUUUAUGUCAGCAGCUGUUUACAUCACCAUCACAUCAUCAUUUUUCUUUUAAACUACUUACAUGUUUACGCUAAAUUACUGUGGCAAAUUGUUUGUUUACUUAUAUGAAAAUUUAUUUGUGUGUUUUGAUCAGUGUGUUUUCCUUUUUACUUUGAUGUAUUUAUUUUGUUGUUUUGUCUUACGCACAAAACAUUUUUCGUAAUGACCUGUAAUGAUUGCUGGCACAAACGAUAAUUUUUACUUUUCUAAGGAGCUGGUCUCUCCUAAUAUUUUUUUUUCAUUCAAUAUGUCAAUGUUUGUUUUUGUUAUGGAUUUCACUUUUCAAUUAUUGUUAUUAUUAUUAUUACUUUUAUUAACUUUUGUGAAAGCUCAGUGAAAAUUAUUAGGAUCUGAAAUAAAAACUACCUGCCUCUGAUUCAUUUUGCAUUAGGUUGUCAUGGUGACUGCUUGACAAUUUCAGCGUCCAGUACUGCCAAUUAUUCAAGCACACAAGCACACCCGAACAGAAUUUAAGACAUUAUAACUUUCUUAAAAUUUUUGUUGGUAGGAGACGAUAUUUCUUCUGUGCUAGUAGCAUGUAGAAUGAAUUUUAGGGUUUAUGUUCCAU